GUCUAACUGAGCCCCCCUGGGGCUGCCGUGGUCCUUGGGCAGCGCUGCCCGCCCGCUGCCGUCGCUGCAGCCGUUGGGUAACGCUGGCGGAGGGGGGCGGGGGCGCCGGGCCCUUUAACGGGCGGGGCGAGGCGGGGGCGGUGCUGUCGCGGUCCGGGCCGACCCGAAGCUCCAGCAGAACGAGAACCGCCUCCGCCCCGGCCCGCAGCCGGCCUGCCAGGCGCAGCCCGCACCCGGUCAGAUGUUUCCAUCGGUCGCGAAGAAGAGGAGUGGAGUCGGGAACUGCUAAGUGCUGAUCUGCUUGUGCUCCGGACCAUGGACUCAUUGAGGGCGUCCCAGGUGUGAAAAUGUACAGCAGUAAUCGGGAGUUAGUGAUUGACUUUGUUUCCUACAAGCUCUCACAGAAAGGAUACAGCUGGAGUCAGCUGGAGGAGGAAGAUGAGAACAGGACUGACUUUGCAGGAGAGGAGGACGAGAUGGACGGCGUCCUCAACGGGAGCCCCUCCUGGCAUGCACCCACCAGCCACAUAGUGAACGGAGCCUCUGUGCACCAGAGCAGCCUUGAAGUCCAUGAGAUCCGUCGAGCAGCCGACGACGUGAGGCAGGCGCUGAGAGAGGCGGGGGAUGAGUUUGAGCUGAGGUACCGGCGGGCGUUCAGCGACCUCACUUCCCAGCUCCACAUCACUCCCAGCACAGCGUAUCAGAGCUUUGAGCAGGUAGUGAACGAACUGUUCCGUGAUGGAGUGAACUGGGGCCGCAUCGUGGCUUUCUUCUCCUUCGGAGGAGCCUUGUGCGUGGAGAGCGUUGUUAAGGAGAUGCGGGUAUUGGUGAAACGCAUCGUGUCUUGGAUGACCACGUACUUGACCGACCACUUAGAUCCCUGGAUCCAGGAGAAUGGCGGAUGGGUAAGAGCACCUCUCUGUGGUGGGGGUGGCUGCCCAUGCCCUCCCUCACUCCAAGCUGGCAGUGAGGCUGGUCAAACCGGAGUGCAGCUCCCUGCAGUGUUUGUGCUAGAGCUUGUCCUGCCCCUUGCAGGGAGAAUAAAGGGGUAUGUAGUCUUGCCCUCUGUGCUCCUAACACUCUGUCCCGAGAGGGUCAGCCCACCGUGUUGACACAAACAGUUUGUACUCAGAUAUGUCUUUCUCUAGCCAUUCUUUUUGUCCUUCUCCCUGGAUGUUAUGUAAAAGACCUGUUUUUCCAAGAGCCUUUGGAAAUCUAAUGUCAUCCAAGCUUGUUCUUCAAGCAGAGCCCUGGCUCUGGGGCAUGUAUGUUCCCGGUGUCAUUAACAGCAGGGAGUGGAGCUUCCUCCUCUCCAAGGCAGUGUUGUGGUGGGCUGGCUGGUGGUUUGCCGAGGUAACAGCUACUUCUUCAUUCUGGAAACACCAUUUGCCUUGCUCAUGGUGAAAUGAAAUCCAACAGCAGAUCCCGGUGGCUGGGUGGGCUUCUGGGACUGUCUGAGCUGGUGUGGUGGGAGCCAGGGCCGAGGUGGAGGCAACCUCUGUGCUGGGGAGCUGCUAAGCCCACAGCUGCUUUUCCCUUGGCAGGGAGCAGUGCUCCCAGCUGCCCCAGCAGCAAACCCUGGGAGCUCUCAGUGGUGAGGUAUUAACAUGAAUAAGCAUUUCUUCAGGAAGCAUUCUUGAAAUGCCGGGUCCGGCUGUGCGGUGCAGCCUGGGACUGCCGGCGGGAGGUAUAUGACCUACAGAUGUCUGAGUUUUCAUUUGGCUUCUGCAUCUUAGUGAUUCCCUGCUGGUGUAACCUUUACCGGUUCCCACUGGAAAGAGUUCAUGCUGUCAGGCAUUGGCAUCUAAACAGCGGGGAAUUACCUCCUUGCUAGGAGCUGAGGCCUCUCAGCCCCCUUCACCUCACAGUCCAUCGGCAGAGCCCAGGAUUUUAGGAAGGGGACAGGAGCCUUUGAGCCCAGCGUUGUGCUCUGCACCCUCCUGACAGAGAAGAAUCUCUCCUCAGCUCCCCGUACCUGGCCAGCAAUGCUGGGGACCCCGGAGAAGAAGGGGAACUGGUGCACCCCGAGAGAGGGAGCUGAUUCAGGAAGGGUGAAGGAAUUCCAGGAAUGUGACCGCCCUGUGGGGCACUGCCUGGGUGGGGCUGCUCAGGCAAGGAGAGGAGCUUGGUUUCGAUUAAUAACCCGGGAUCUGCUGGCCAUUUCAUCUGGCUGUAUGUGGCCCAUUAGCUCUCUCAUCCUGCAGAUAACCCUGGCCAAAUGCAGAGUUCCUUCCCCCUCCCUCUGCUUUUGGCUUUUAGAGCCACAGAUUAGUUUUGGAAUUAAGUGAUCAAACUGAGGUUUCCAAGCUAGUGUGGCUGUUGCUGUUAGUGACGGAUUGGGCUGUAUCCUGGAGACCUAGGCGAUAAUGCAAUCUGAUUUUUUGUAAAUGAACUCUCUGGGGGAUUUAGAUUAAAUCACUGGUGGAAAAUCACUGGUCCCUGCUUGUGGGGAAUGGAACACCUCCUCCCUCUGUUCCCCACCCCCAACCAUCACGAUUCAGACUCUUCAAUUUUUUUGUGUCUGUGUCUAAAUUAAUUGUUUGGAACAAAUAUUUGUUCAACAGAUUGCGGAAGGGUCAGGACUCCUCUCUAUCUGACCCGCCCACCAAUUCUCGCUUUGAAAAAUGCCGUUUCCACUCAGAGGACUGCCUUGCUUUCUUGUUCUAACCUUGAACCAGGCUUUUAACUUCCCUGCCCAGGCUAUGCCACUGCCUGGGCUAUGCUAGGAGCUGAAUGGAAGCCAGGCACGGUGGUGAAGGCUGGAGUGGGGGGAAUCCACACCACCAGCCACCAAAAAGCCAGCUCUGGGCAGUGUUGCUGCUGCCAGCCUGUUGCAAAUCUUGAGUGUUCGUUUGACAUCUUGGCUGUAGCUUUUUUCCACUCUCAGCUUUCAUCAUGUGCCUUCCUGGAGGCAGCCAUGCCACUCCAUAACAAGGGACAGAGGCCAUAAGAGCUCCUGAGUGCCUCACGUGUGGGGCGUGCAUGGGAUGGGGAUGCUCUGCUUUCCUUCGCUCUCUCGCGAUUCCAGCUGCAGGGAGAAAGCUGCUGGCCUUCUGCCAGCUCUCCCUGUAAGAGGAGUGCCACCCUGCCCUGGCUGUGAUGGAGCCAUCCCUCUCCUGCCGCCCUGUUUGCACAGGGAGUCUCUUUGGUGCAUUGGAGCUGUUAGAGCCUGUCCUAUUCAAACAAAGCACUCCUGAGAGGUGCAGCAGGCAGGUCCUGGUGAGAGAGACGCAAGUUCUGGCAGGCCUGCUCGGCAGGGCCCAGGUGGUUUGUGUUUUGGAGCACUGCAGCACUUCUCUUCCUGGAAAGCCCCUCUGAAAGAGGGAAGGAGCAUGGCUCCAUAACAAGUGCUGCACAGCCAAAUUGUGUAGAAAGCUCUGUUUCAUUCCCCACCAGUGGAACAAAGGCAGCAUCGAAGGGCCGCGGGGUGCAGGUGCCUUUGGAGGCUGCUGUGUGCUGGGCUGUAGCAGUUCUCUUGAGAAAUCAAGUUUUGAGGCAAGGGGAAAUAGCAAAUCUUGCUCCAUAACGUUAUCGUAGGAGUGUUUUGUCACAUUUACUGGCUCUGCCUUGGUUUGCCCUCUGCUCUGCAAUCUGGCACUGAGAAAACAAACAAGAGCAACCCAAGGGGAACAUUAAUAACCAGCCAGAAGAGAGCUUCUGCCUUGGCAAGCCAUCACAUCCAAAAAGGAGGCUUUCCUGGGGCAGUUGCUUUGACCAGGGCCAGGUCUUACUUGCUGUGAGGUUGAAAUGGUGAUGCCAGUGGGGAUUGGGAGUCGUGGUGGGAGAAAUCUGGUGAGUGGGAAGGAAGGAGGGGGAAGUGCAGGGUGAAGGGUAGAGAGCCUGGCAGGCAGAGAUGUACUGACCGUGCUUAAUCUGUUUGAGAAAGGAAAGUGAGCAGUAGUUCCUGCCUGGCUGUGACCCUCUAGUGCAUGACGGCUUUUCCUUCAAGGCUAAAGCCACAUUCAGAGCCCACUCUGAAUUUAAGGAGGGUUUUCUGGAUAAGCUUGGAGUUAAAUCUGUGGAUAUAGAGUCAAGAGGUUUGUAGGGAAUAUGGUGGGGACCAAUAUGAAGAGGUUGUGUCAGGCUAGAAGUGAAAGCAAAUAGCAUCUUUAGCACCAGUCUGGGAUACAUGAAUCCCAACAAACUACUAGGCUGAUGGAGAAUGAACUACUUCCUGCGAUGGCUCAGUGCUUCCUGGGUUCUCAGUUGACCCUGGCCACACAGUACAUGGUGUGCUGGGACAUGUGUUCUGUCUGCCACCCUGCAGUGGACUAGAAGCCUGUAAUUCGCUUUGGGGAAAACCCUUUGAAGAUGACAAUAUAGCAAGCUCAUAUUUAUCUUUUAAAUUUUUUUUCUGAAUGGUAGGAAAUGACUCAGCCUGUGUCAUAUGACAGUGCACAGCUGGGAUUUUGUCCUGUACUCUGGCUCCAGGCUCCUCAUUGGUUUCAGGUUGAGAGUUAGACUUUGAUUCUCAGCUCUUUGGAAAUGCUUUUUGGCCUUGUGCCUUUGUGUCCCGUGUAUUCUGCACAAGCUGUCCCUGCCACUACCACAUUUCCUGGGACUGUGGUUUGCCAGAGUUCUGUCCUUCUGAGUGUUACAGGCUGAGUUUCGGGGAUGCCCCGGCAUUUCUAAUCCUGUUUGAGAUCACAGCCAUCCGUUCCACGUGGUGGUCAACGUGCAGCAUAACUGACUCAGUGGAAAUGACUGAGCAUAGCCUUGGUCAUGCUUUGUGGUCUUGAAGAUGGAUCCUAUGGCUUCAUCUCAGACUGAGAGAAUUGGGGCUGUUCAGCCUGGAGAAGAGACGGCUCCCUGCCCAUCCCUAAAGAGGCUCCAACAG